GGAAGAGGUACAGUGUUUACUUUUAUUAAAAUUCAGGAAAAGCAGCGUUUUUACUGAGACUUUUGGAGGGAAAUAUUUUUGAAAAACGUCUCAAACCCUUUCAGUGCCACCUCUCCUGUCAUUAACCAGCCUGCUGCUUCCCCAUUUGACUGACAUGCUUUGACUGUUGAGUUAAAAUGAACUAGGAAGAAAAUACUAUCGCAAAGUUCUGAAAGCCCUGCUUUGUUGAGCUGCUAAAAGAGCUGUGGAAACAAUGGAGGUGGUUCAACCAGAUCUACAAUUUAGUAAGACCUUUAAGAAAAAAACACCUCUCCCAUUGGGCCAGCUGGUGGAAGAAUUCAGGAAAGGAAAAGAAGUACCAAAUCACCUUUUGGAAACAAAGGUUUAUGCUAAACUACAGAAAAACAAUGCUAUUGAGGCAGUGCCUGCUGUGCUGCAUUUUGGUGGUUUUGAACUGGGGAAGAGUUAUCAACAGGUCCUGAACCUGGUGAAUAUUUCCUCUGAUGUAAUAAAUAUCCAUAUUUUGCCAACACAAACAAAAUACUUUCAUAUCAAGUAUUCCAAAAAGUAUCGAUUGGUCCCUGGGCUUUCUUACACAGUUACAGUCCAAUUUUGCCCUGAUGAAUGGCGAUACUUUUAUGACAGUAUCCGUGUUCACUGUAAGGAUGAUACCCUUCUCAUUCCUAUACAUGCAUAUCCAGUGAUAAACGAUUUGGACUUCCCUUCACACAUUAACCUCUCCAGUGUUCCCCUCGGGCAGAGCAAGACCCAUAUUAUCCCUCUGAGCUGCAGCUGUCCGAUUGACUUUGAGUUUGAGAUUUGCAGUAUUCAGCCUCACAAAGCCUUUACCAUUGAACCACUUUCAGGAAUCAUACCAGCAAAUGGGCAGAUAGAUGUUGUUGUCACAUUUACCCCAUUUGAGUAUGCCACAGCACAGACAACAAUGCAGCUUGUAAUCUCACAAUUCAAUUCAAAGCCUUAUGUCUGCACCUUCACUGGGACAUCAUCUCCGUGCCUUGCACUAAGAACCAAGAUCAAAGAUGAGGAAACAAAAAACAUUUUAUUAAAGCAGCAGCUUGAUCCCCAGAAAAUUUCACUGGUACACUUAUCCAGGACAAAAAGAAAAUUAAAACCUGUGCCGUCUACUGAAAAAUCAACGGAGAUUGUGUGCCAGAACCUAAAACUUCCAGUGGAUUUAUCAAAUCAUAGCUCCGUGGCUAAAGUUUUAAUUGAGCAGCCAGGAAAGCUACGAACUAAAGACAUGAAAGAAGCACUGUCCCAUGCCGGUGAAGGGCACAAAACAAGACAAAUGAAAGAAGCCUCAUUUGAGCAAAGGGUUCGCCUUGAUGUCCUGGAAGAAAGAGCCAAUCAGCUGAGAUGGCAAGUGCAUCUUGGCAAAGAUCCAAUUUCAACAGCUUUGAAAAAGCAAAUUCUGCUGGACAGAGAGCUGUCACAGCAUGAGUACAAGGUGAAAAGAGGGGACCCAUUUGUAGAAAAAGAAUUGGAAAGAACCCAGUCUCGGGUGUCAUUCAGACGAGUUCUGCGAACUGCGGGGCAGUUUCCUACCUCUAUACCAAAAUUCGAUGUGUAUUCAAACAACCCCUGGGAAGUGAGACACAGAGCCCUAAGUCAUUUCCAACAGGCUGCUCGAAAGAUCUUGAUACGUUGUCGGAUGAACAGCAGGCUGCUUUCGUUAAACAAUCCAGUUCAAAGUAUUAAAAGACAGACCAGUAAAACACCAGUAGCAGAGGACAGCUUUUCCAGCAUGGACUUUCCAGCUGUUGGUGUCGAAGAUAAGCCAUUCCUUAUGAAACUGUCAUUGGAAAACUUGCUUCCUUUCUCUUUUCCCAGCUACACACCCCCUAACCAGACUGAUGAACUUGCUCCUCACGCACUGGGACCUGUACCUGUCAAACCAACUGAAGUAACAUUUAAACCAGUUGUGCCAUUCUACAACUUAAAGGUUCCCCAGCACUUCAAACUGAUGGGAUAUCAAACAGAAUCAGCUCUUGAUGCAUCAACCAGUUAUGUUCCCCAAACACUGUCUCGGCCUCUUAGGUCAGGUGCUGAGGAUGAGCUGAUCCCAGCAGUGACCUGGCCUCCUUCUGCAGCCCAGGUAGUUGACCUAGAGGAAGAGCAGGUCCUGGAAUGGGACAAAACCGCUUCUGCUGCUCUAUCAUUAACCCCACCUGAAGCGCUACUGAGAUCCCCUGAGUGCCAUCCUCUAAAGAUUUUUAACCCUGCUCCAGGUCUUUAUGCAUUUAAGCAGCCCCUCUCCUACUUAGAGACUGACCUUGAAUUUCACCUGUGCCCAGUCCCGAGAUACACUGUCAUCAAGGAUGCUGUAGCAAGGGCUAAUGUUCCCAGCACACAGAAGAAAUUCCUUGAUCGAGAGGAGGUGAUUUGCGGUGUAAUGGCGUGGAAGAAGUUUCCGUCAGCAUCUCUUGCUGCUUUGUCCCUCACUGCAACCUUGAGCAGCUCAUGGACACCUCGAGAAUCAGACCCUUUUGGUACAGAUUUACUUCCUACUGCAGUCCCUCCAGCACUGGAUGGCUUACCAGAAGAGAUCAAAGAAGAUGUCCUGGAGGGCAUACUUGAGAGUGAAGGGGUUUCUCUCACACCUGAGAUGCUGAAGGCUGAGUUUCCAAUGAUUGAAAGCCUACCAACAACAGAACAGCUUAAAGAUAGAUCAGCAAAAGAUGAGAGCAGUACAUGUCUACAACGCAAAACUCCCUUACAGACAAUAUAUGCCAAUGGACCUAUAUCCAGCGAUGUAAGAGAACAGCAACUGGAGCAAUAUCUACAAUCCCAGAACAAUAAACUUGGAGCAAAAGUUCAAACUCGGCUGAAUCAACUGAAGUCGGUGGCCAGGCCAGGUGGCAAAGAUGUAAUACAGGACUGACUGAUGUCUUACUGCAAUACUGACUAAAGGUUAUUUAAUGCUAAUUAUCACUUUUUUCUUAAUGUACGUGCCUUUUUGUAGCAGAUUAUAAAAUAUUACAUUCAAAAUUAAAACGUAAUUGAUUCAUUGAGUGUUUAAUUGAGUGUUUGUAUUAACUGUCAUAUUUAAAUAGGCAUUAGUUUACAUUACUGUUUCAAUUUUGAUUAAACUAAUUCAACACCAACUGUUUUUAUAGAAUAUCUAUAUAGCUGUAAUACAUACUAUGUAUUGUCUUAUAUCAUUGCUGAAUAUAAAGGGAUUAUUCUAAAAAAAACUUGGUCUUUUUAAAAACAGAUUUUUUAAAAAUUGUCGAUAUAUUGUAGUCUGUUUUCUAUAGUUUGAGCCCCAUCUAGCUGUUGAUCAUAAGAAUAAAAAAUAAAAAAAACUAAAGCUGUACUGCUUACAAUAGCUCUCGAAUGUUUCAUGUGAUUUAUAGCAGCAUGUAUAUUUGUAGUACUACUGUGACUGUCGAUAACCCCAUAUAUUAUAAAAUACUAAAUUACAAAUGAAAGGUUCUUGGAGCUGAACGGUUAGAAUAGAAACCUACAAACCUUUUUCAUUGUGGUGCCGCCAUGCUACAUGGGUCUACAUUUAUUAUAAAGCCCAAUAUCGGUGACAUCAUCACGUUGUCUUCAAAGUACAAAAGUACACUGUUUAUACAUAAUACCAGUACUUCAAACUGGGGCAUGUGGUUGAAUGUACACUGAAUCUCCUGCUGGAGCAUGUUUCAAGUGCCUGCUCCCAGAUACAGCACACUUGGUAAAUCAAGUAAAUAAAUGUCUUUGUAAGGUUGUUAUUUGAGUGUUGAUUUCAUCAGAAAAUACAGCAUUUAUAUAUAUUUAUACACACACACACACACACACACCUGGGCUCAAUUCAAUGUCUAUUCAGUCAAACCCUCCAUCAUAGGGAGGCACAUUCUGAACACAACCUUGUGAUUGCAAAAUGUGAAACCUGUGCCAAGUUCUGUUAAGCUUCAGAAAAUGUAUGGAAAAUUUUACUGAGUGUUGCCCUAGAAAGGUAAAAUGA